AUGGUUAUGAAGGAAGGAGACAUCAUCAUCGGGGGACUCUUCCCAAUACACGAGAGUGUUAACAUUAGGGAAGGCGAGGACGGACGGCCCUCUGAACGAAACUGCACCAGGUAUAGCGUGGCACGGUUGCUUCAGGCUCUGAUGCUGGUGGAAGCAGUGGAGGCUGUGAACCGCUCACCUCUGCUAGGUAACCUGACGCUGGGCUACCACGUAGUGGACUCCUGCUCGGACGUCACCACUGCAGUGGCGGUGACCCACCGAUACCUGGACGACUUCAACUCAGUCUGCCCAGAGAAUGAGGAGCGCCCGCACAGAUCCGGCAACGAGAGCAUGCUGGAGAACCACGAGAACAUGCCGGACAGGAACGCGAGCAUGUCGGAGAACCACGAGAGCAUGUCGGAGAACCACGAGAGCAUGUCGGAGAACCACGAGAGCAUGUCGGAGAACCACGCGAGCAUGUCGGAGAGCCACGAGAGCAACCUGGGCCCUGGGCAUUUUAGACCCGCCAACGUGCUCGUAGGAGGGUACCACUCGGAGAUCUCCAUCGCUGUGGCUAGACAGCUGUCCAUCAAGCAAAUCCCACAGAUCAGUUAUGGCUCCACCACAGGGAUUCUGAGCGACAAAUCUCGCUUCCCAGCCUUCAUGCGGACAGUGCCGGAGGACAACUUUCAGGCUCAGGCCAUCGUCGACAUCCUGGUGGGCCACAAAUGGACCUGGGUCGGCCUGGUGACCACCGACGGGGACUACGGCCGCUACGCUGCUCAGCGCUUCCAGCUGCACGCGGAGAGACAGGGCAUCUGCAUCUCCUUCAGCGUGGUGCUCCCGGACAUCCUCGACGACGCGGUGCUCGAAGACGGCAUCGGGAGAACAGUGCGCCACCUGGAGGAGGAUCCGAAGGUCCGCGCCGUGGUGUCCUUCGCCAAACCCGACCACAUGAUGUACAUCAUGGAGCGUCUUACCCACAAUGCCACGGGUCGCGUCUGGAUCGCCAGCGAUAACUGGGCCACCUCCAGUCGUGUGCUCGAGAGACGCAAUCUCAGCGACGUGGGGACCAUCGUCGGGGUCACCUUGAAAUCGGCAGACACAACGCGGUUCCAGACGUACUUGGACAACUUGGAUCCUGACCCAGCUGCUCACUCCCACAACACCAUCCUGCGCCAGUACCUGUGGUCGGAGGGCAAGGGCUUGACCCAGCCUGAGCUGGGAGCAGCGCUGAAGAGGAAGAUCUACCCAUACGCCGUGUUCAGUGUGGGGCUGGCAGUCAGAGCCAUAGCCAGCGCCUUGGCCAACCUCUGCGCAAACAGAGACUGCAGAGGAGGCAACAACUUUGAGUCAUGGGAGCUGAAGCAUGCCUUGAGGACCGCAACCUUUGAAAUAGAUGGAGACUCAUACAGAUUCAAUGAGCAUGGGGACAUUAAUUCUGGAUAUGACCUUGUGCUCUGGAGGGACCAAGAUGGGGAGCUGGAUGUUCAUGACAUCGUGGCCAAGUACAACAUCAGCUCUCGCAAGUUGUACUUUGUGGGAAAUGGCGACAAGAAGGUCUUCAGUAAAACACCAGGAUAUAGGAAGGUGUCCCAAGAUGAAGGGCCUGUUUGCUGCUUUAAAUGUACCAAAUGCAGCAAUAACACCUACAACAAUGGAACAGACGCAGAGGACUGUAUGAAAUGUGAAGAUGGCCAAUGGUCUGAGGAGGGUAGCACCAGGUGCCUGGACAAAACGAUUGUGUUUUUUGGUUGGAAAGAGAACUUUGCGAUCGUCUUGUUGUCGUUUGCUGCGCUGGGUGUGCUCCUGACGCUGGUGGUGCUGGUUCUGUUUCUGGCCCGGUGGACCACGCCCGUGGUGAAGUCCUCUGUCGGGCCCAUAAGCCUUCUGCUCCUCUUCUCUCUGCUCGGCACCUUCGUCAGCGCCGUGCUCUUCGUGGGCAAGCCCAACGACGCCCAGUGCCAGACGCGCCAGGUGCUCUUUGGCCUCAGCUUCACCGUGUGCGUCUCCUGCAUCCUGGUCAAGUCCUUGAAGAUCCUCCUGGCCUUCCAGAUUGUCCCGUCGGUAAAGCAGAUCCUGAAACGUCUCUACCAGCCCUACUUGAUCAUCGCAUUCUGCGUCUGUAAACAGGUGGUCAUCUGCACCGUCUGGCUCAUUCUAAACCCUCCCAGAGCGGAGGGGGAACAACUGGACCACGAUAAGAUCAUCUUGCAGUGCAACGAGGGCUCGUUCCUCUUCUUUGGCCUCAUGCUGGCGUACGUCGGCCUGCUGAGCCUGAUCGGAUUGGUCAUCGCCUUUAAGGGCCGGAAGCUGCCGAACUGCUACAACGAGGCCAAGUUCAUCAGCUUCAGCAUGGUCAUCUACCUCAUCUGCUGGGUGGUGUUCGGGCCCGUUUACGCCCAGGCUCACGCGGGGGUGUUCCUCCCCGCCGUGGAGAUGAUCGUGAUCCUCAUCUCGGCCUACACGGUCCUCUGCUGUCACUUCCUGCCCAAGUGCUACAUCAUCUGCUUCAAGAGCCACAGCAACACACGUGAGGUGUUCCGCCGGAAGCUGUGGGACUUCAUCCGUCGCAAGGACGACGUCGAGGGACGGCGCAAGUCGAUGUCUCCGAGCGUCUCCUCCGACAGCUUCCAGAACAGCACGCUCUCCGGCUCCCUGAGUGGAUCUGAGCCCUCGCUGACUGCAGAGGACGAGAAGGCUCAGCUAGGACGGAUGUCUCCAAUAUUCAUCCUGCCUCCGAUGCUGAAUACAGUGCUGCCACAACCACCAGAAUCACCCAACAGCUCCCAGAACAGCACGCUCUCUGGCUCCCUGAGUGGAUCUGAGCCCUCGCUGACUGCAGAGGACGAGAAGGCUCAGCUAGGACGGAUGUCUCCAAUAUUCAUCGUGCCUCCGAUGCUGAAUACAGUGCUGCCACAACCACCAGAAUCACCCAACAGCUCCCAGAACAGCACGCUCUUUGGCUCCCUGAAUGGAUCUGAGCCCUCGCUGACGGAAAAGGACGAGAAGGCUCAACUAGGACAGAUGUCGGAUUCAACGCUGCCACAACCACCAGAAUCACCCAACAGCUCCCAGAACAGCACGCUCUCUGGCUCCCUGAAUGGAUCUGAGCCCUCGCUGACGGAAAAGGACGAGAAGGCUCAACUAGGACAGAUGUCUCCAAUAUUCAUGCCGGAUUCAACGCUACCACAACCACCAGAAUCGCCCAACAGCUCCUCCGAACCAAGCACCCCGAGCUCAGAGGGGUAG